UUAGGCUUUCGUUCGUUUUUCUAGUUCAACGUGGUCUCCCUGGUAACUAAAAAUUAAAAACUUGAAAAAUAGAAUUUCCGUGAUUUUUCUGAUAUUUUGACCUCGAAAACAAUGUUCUUUGUGUUGUAUUCUCAGACAACCUCAUCAACACACACUUUUUAUAAUAUCUAUAGUAAAAAAGAAUAGUAUGAGAAGUCGAACAGUUAAUGUGUUAUUCAAGUGGAAUGUGUGUAUAUAUAUUCUAGGAAGUUUUCAUGAAAAUUUUCAAAUUUUAGUGUUUUCUUUGAGUUUUGGCACAUUAUAACGCAUUACCAACUAAUUUUUCAUACGCUAACAUUCUAAAUAAUGUUUGAAAGUACCUCUACAAAACGUACAUACUAACUAAAUUGAGUCACGUAACACUGCAAUUACUAUUGAUUUACUAAAACAAUCACUGUGUUCACUUUCAUAUGCUGGGUUAUCAGUUCUCGGCCAAUAACUUUCUCAAUACCCGUCUAACCAUCUACAGUAACCCUUCAGAAGUGUCGUCUCCAUUGUCAAAACUAAUUGCGGCGGUGAACGUCGCAAGGAACGUCUCAAUUAACAUGUCGUCACUAACCAACAAUACUUUCAUGGUAACUUAGAAUUAACACCCUAAGUGAUCAUUUUGAAAAUCCGACCUUUUUGCGAAUUAAAAAAAAAGAAAACGAAAAUCGAAAUAGAAGCCAUUAAAGUUCAAAAACAUAGAAAAGUUGAGUUUUUCAAUUUCUAGGAGGAAGAACCUCGCGGUGUCACAGUCAUCGCCACCAAAGUAGCCGAGAACUCCAAAAAUCCACGUCGCUACAGUUUGGUGCACCAAGCGAGUUGUGAGACUCAACAUCAUAAGGGUAUACGGAGACAGAACACAAUUCAACACCGAAAACAGCUCACCGAUCAGAUGAGGUGUCAGAAGAUUCUCCAACAACUGAACGACGAAGGAAUCGAAGUAAUUUUCACUGCGAAUGACGUCACUCCUAUCGAAUUUUCUAUUAUUCUCACUUCCACUGACCCAACGCUUUCCAAUUUUGUGUCCGACAUCCUCCAAAACAUGUCCAGCGCAAAGGUUCAAAUUUGCCACGUGGAAACUCGGGGCAAUGAGGCUUCACACGACGUGCUCCUAGCGUGCAAGGCUACUAAAAACCAGUUAAUUCACUCGGCAGAGCUGCUCACGCAAAACCACGUGGCGCUCACGAAAUUCUCGAUUUUCGCCAAGAAACUGUCCGAUGAGAAGAAUCAAUCACAAAUCUGGUUUCCCCGUCACAUCAGUGAGCUCGAUCAAUGCUCGAAGUGCAUUACAAAGUACGAGCCAACAACGGAUCCACGACAUCCGGGCCACGGCGACGUGGCGUAUAUCGCGCGUCGGAAAUUCUUGAAUGAUCAGGCGUUAGAGUUCAAGUUUGGUGACGAGAUAGGCUACGUGGACUACACGGAGGAAGAGCACGCCACGUGGAAGGCUGUCUACGAGAAAUUGGGUGAUCUCCACUUAUCCCACACAUGUGCGGUAUAUCGGCAAAAUUUGAAAAUUCUCCAAGAGGAGAAGGUUUUGACAGCGGAUAGGAUUCCUCAGAUUCGAGAUGUGAAUAAGUUCUUGCAAAAAAAAACAGGAUUCGAGCUUCGCCCGUGCUCUGGACUACUGUCGGCUCGCGACUUCCUGGCCUCACUUGCUUUUCGGGUCUUCCAGACAACUACGUAUUUGAGACAUCAUAAGUCACCGCAUCAUUCUCCGGAACCGGAUCUUAUUCACGAACUACUUGGCCAUGUGCCAAUGUUCUCGGAUCCACUGCUAGCUCAGAUGUCUCAAGACAUUGGGCUGAUGAGUUUGGGAGCUAGUGAUGAGCACAUUGAGAAGCUGUCGACGGUUUAUUGGUUCAUUGUGGAAUUCGGGUUGUGCAAAGAAGAUGGAAAGCUAAAAGCAAUUGGUGCUGGGCUACUGUCGGCGUAUGGAGAAUUGAUGCACGCGUGCUCCGAUGCUCCAGAGCACAAGGACUUUGAUCCGGCAGUGACUGCGGUACAGAAAUACGAAGAUGAUGAUUAUCAGCCGCUCUACUUUGUUGCUGACAGUAUACAUGAUGCGUUGGCAAAGCUUCGGAAGUACGCUAGUUCCAUGGACCGCCCGUUUUCAGUUGUCUAUGAUCCGUUUACAAAAAGUAUUGAGGCAAUCGAAUCAAGUGCAGAUUUGGAAAAGGCGUUCAGCAGAUUGUCCAAUGAUUUAAGUGCAAUCACCCACGCGGCUGAUCGGAUGAAAAUAUCGAUUACAAUGUGAAACCUAAUUUACCUAAUACUUUGCUAAACUAUGCAUUUAUUAUGAAAUCUAUCAGCUUUUAGGAGUAGGAUAACUUUUUUCAAUUAUUAUAUAAAGAAAUCGAAUUUG